UCCGUUCUCUCUCUCUCAAAAAAAGAAAAAAAAAGAGACCGCCAAUUUCCAAAGUAUGGGCGGGAAAAUUACAAAUGAGAAAUCAUAUUGGAAGAAUAAAAGCCCUCCAUUGUUCUCUGUGCUCAGUAAUUGCAUGGUUCUUGACUUAUUACUGUGCUAACGCACAGCUUCAACAAUGCCUCCGAGGAAAAAGCCCAACUCUUCUUCUUCCUCCUCCUCAUCGUCCAAGAAAUCCAACCCAACCAAUCAACCCCAGCCCUCCAAGUUUGGCAUCCAACAUUUCUUCCAACGCCACACCCAGAACGGCGAGAACGUCCUCUUAGCCUCUCGGAACCCCAAGCCCUCCUCCCCUUCCAACGCCGCCGUUUCGACCUCGCAUAACCCUGCCACCGAUGCUCCGAGUUCAGCGCCAGAGAAAUCGGGUUUGCCUGUUCGAAACCCGAUAAAUUAUCCCGAAAAUGCACCGGAUUUGCAGAAACCCGACGCGACACAUGCGGUUUCGGCGUCUCGGGACCCUAAAAGCUGGUCGGGUUCGCAGGCGAAUGAUCCGAAUAGUGCCUCGCAGAAUAUGCCGACGGAUAAUAUCGUGGUGAUGGAUGUUAGUUCUGAUGAGGAGGACCUGUCGGAGGGUUCGCAGGUAAAUGAUCCGAAUAGUGGGUCGCUGACUACGCCGACGGAUAAUAUCGCGGUGAUGGAUGUUAGUUCUGAUGAGAGCCUGUCGGAGGGUUCGCAGGCAAAUGAUCCGAAUAGUGGGUCGCAGAAUACGCCGACGGAUAAUAUGGCGGUGAUGGACGUUAGUUCUGAUGAGAGCCUGUCGGAGGUACCGCCAGAGCCCAGAGGUUUCCAAGUCCGUGCCUCUCAAGCGCUUCAAGUUCUCGCCUAUAACGAUUACAAUGAGUUAUAGGGAAAAAUCUAGAGCACAGAGGACCCCACGCGAGUAUAGGCUGCCUACGGCACAGGGGUUGGGAUCUAGUGACCUUGAGCACACGAAGGAAGGGCAGACCCCUGUACGCCCUGGAGCAUAUGGUCAUACAAGCUUGACCCAGUUGGGGUACGAGUAUCAACCUGCAUCGUACGACACAGAUGCUUCAUUUCAUCUGUCACAUAUGCCGUCGACGAUGAAGGAGGUAGGGGUGUGUUCCCCUAGUCAUGUGGCGCGGCUAUUCCCCCAUAGCAGCUCGGGUGCAGACGACAGUGAGACACAGCCUCUGGACAAUAGCCAGACACAGGCUCCGGACGACCUGCAUGGGGGGGCAGGUGACACGCAUGAUGUGCAGCCCGAGGACCCUGCUACACAGGUCUUGCGCCCUGACCAGAUUCGGACAAUAAGUAUCAAUCUAGAUGGAAGCACUUGUUUCGAAGUGUUAACCAUUGCAGACCUGCACAAUAAUUGGGGGAUCCCCUCGGGGAAAAGGGUUGUAUUGGAGUAUAAUGCAGCGUCUCAACCUGUAGGACUUAGCGCUAAUAAAUUUAGACGGCAGACCGGUAAGCUAAUAAGGAGUGGGGCCUAUGUGCAUAUACGGGACGCUUGGGCGCAUGUAAAGAAUAGUAUGAAGGAGGAUGUAUGGAAUGCCCUCAUGGUAGACUUCUACAUCCCGCCAACAUAUGAUUUAGCUGCCGUAAAGCGGGAUGCAUUUCGGGACAUGGGAGAAAAGCUCAAGAGUUGGAGAUACAAAUUAAAAAAACAGCUUAACAUUCAGUCAGACGAUACUCCCGAGAUGGUACGGGCAAGAGUGGGGGAAGCAAACCUCUCUAAGUACGACCCCGAAGACUUGGAAGCGUUGUUGGAUAAAUGGUGUGACAGGGCCAAUCAGGAGUAUGCUGCUCAUAUGAAGGCAUUGCGAGCAUUGAACAAUACUCCCCAUUGCGCCGGGUCCAAAAGCUUUGCGAGGUUGACACACGAGGAGACUAUCACCAAUGGCACUCCUCCUACACGAGCACAGACAUACAUAAAAUCACAUAAGAAGAAGGAUGGAAGCUAUCCUAAUGAUGUAAUAAAGGAGAGAUGUGAGAGAAUGACAGAGCUAAUACCAACUGACCUUGCCGCAUUGUCGAGCGUGACACAAGGGACGGUACGUUGGGCACCAAACGACGCGUAUGCCCAGGCGCACGACAAUAAGCCCGAGUAUGCUGGCAGGGUUCGGCAGGUUGGGCCGAAUGUUUUGCCUGUGCGGGGAACCAUACACUCAUACUAUAUACCCUCACAGGCACGAUCACAAAGCUCGAGGCAUUCCACCAUCUCUCAAGAAGUUCUUGACCGAGCACUCAAGGCUGAACGGGCACGACACAAGGCAGAGAUGGAUGCAGUGUUGGCGUCACAGGCACAGAUGGUGACGCGAUAUGAGGCCCGUUUUUGCCAGCUUGAGGAAAUGAUGCGCCAGUCGAUAUCCGUGCCCGAGGUCACUCAGCAUACCACAACGCCGAACAGAGCUUUCAUACCAUGUUUGAAUGUGAGAUCAUCUGUCGGUAGUGGAUCAGGAUGAUUCUUACAUGUUGUCGUGAUUCUCAUUUGCAAAUGAUGAUCAGGGUGAGGGUGAAACAGGAGAUGUCAAGAAAAUCCAUCAAUCUUGGUUGCAAACAUGAGAUGUUUUGCCUUUUGUACUCUGUAAUGUUGAAGGAUACAAUGUUACAAUCAACAUCUUCCUGUGUAAGUGAGAAACAAAUGCUGAAUUUUGAAAAAUGAAAUGUAUAGAUAAAUAUGUUACUAAAUUGUAAUCUUUGUCAUUGCAUCUUUCAUAUCCGUGUACUUCCAUCUUCACCUAAACCAUGAGAGUAGGAUCUUUUACUGCAGAUCAAAAGAAAUAUAAGAUCAUCAAAUGAAAAUGUAAGAGAAUGAAUACAAAUGCUUGACUUUCCCCUUCUCUGA